UCAAACAUUUACGAUUACGAAUUGAUGAUUUUAUGUUAUGCUAGUGAUUGUUUAUGAGAUAAUAGAACAUAAUUUUGUACAAAUCGAAGGAGAUCUUAUUCGUAAAUAACAAUAGGUACAUGAAUAGGACAUCCAAUGAUGUCACUGAAGCCACGCUAUGUUAACUUCCAGGAGACGUGGGCCAAGCUUAAGGAAACCGUGGCAGGCGUGGUAGCACUGCAGGCGGUCGAACGCGCGGUUUGGAACACGCGUUUUUCCGACGUUUACGCGCUUUGUGUGGCGCACCCUGAACCGUUGGCUGAUAAACUGUAUGACGAGACUAGAAAAUUCCUUGAAGAACAUGUGUCCGGUCUUCUGGAGAGGGUGAAGGGUACAUCGCCUUUGGAAAGCAGCGAUUAUAAUGAUGGUCUACUUACCAGAUAUGUCGCCGCGUGGAAAGAAUACAGUCAGGGCGUAGCAUAUCUAAAUAGCCUAUACUCAUAUCUCAACCUACAACACGUUAAAAGGCAGAAGGUAUCCGAUGCAGAAAUUAUAUACGGAUCUGCGGCUACAGUCAGUUGUCCUGAACAUGAUUCGAGACAGUUGGAGGUAGGCGAGCUCGGUCUAGUGAUAUGGGAGCGUGCGCUAGUCCGCCCGCUUGCUGACGCGCUGACGUCUCGCAUUGUUGGAGCUCUCAGUGCAGCACGGGACUCGAACCCGGACCCGACGGACGCGCGGACCCUGCGUACGGCUGUGCUGAGCACUGUGGAUGUGCAGUCGUUCCGCGUGCGUACCCCCCUCUCGCUCUACCAGCAGCUCGUGGUAGAACCGUUUCUGUCAGCGGCCGCGGCUCAUCACUCGCGCCGUGCCGCGGAGUUGCUCAACUCUGGCGAUGUUUCCCACUUCAUGAAGUAUGUGCUUGAUGGUCUCGAACGCGAAAUAGCACUCGGCAAUAAGUACUUACACUCAUCGUCGUCUGAAGCGGUGCGAGCGUGUUAUGAACAAGCUUGUGUUGCUGCACACUUACCGGCUUUACAUGCUGAAGUGGAGAGACUGUUGAGAGAGGCUUGUGAAGAUUCGCCAAUGGCUGGCGAGCGUCGGGAAGACCUAAAACGCAUGUACGCACUGCUCAAGCCUCUCGGCCAGAAUGCGCUGAGACCUCUCAUAGAAGCUGCGCAUGCGCAAGCUGCGAGAGAAGGUCUGGCUUUAUUGGGUUCGGAACAUAGUAAGGACGAUGCGCACACGCAUUUUGUGCAUUCAAUGCUGUCUCUGCACAGUAAAUAUAAGAAAUUAUUCGCCGAAGUGUUUGGAGGUGCGCAAGCGUUCGUCGGUGCUUUGGAUAAGGCGUGUUCAGAAGUAGUGAACUCCCGUGCCGAAGGUGAACCCUGCGCCCGCGCACCAGAACUAUUAUCCCGAUAUUGUGACGCAUUAUUACGUCGCAAGGGCUCAGAAAGGGACGCGGACGACAGACUUGCGGCCGCCAUUGUUGUGUUCAAAUAUAUAGACGAUAAGGACGUGUUCCAGAAGCACUAUGCGCGUGCGCUUGCCCGCAGGCUGAUACACCAGCUGUCGGCGAGCAUGGAACAGGAAGAAGCGAUGAUAAAUCGUCUCAAAGCGGCGUGCGGUUACGAGUUCACGAACAAAUUGCACAGAAUGUUCACGGACGUUGCAGUUUCGGCUGAUUUGAACGCCAAGUUCCAACAGUACUUGAGAGAUAACAAUUUGGCGACGAACACCGGUUUCUUUAUACAGGUGCUACAAGCUGGUGCUUGGCCACUUGGUGGGGCAAUGGCCCCAUUGGCCCCACCGCCCCAACUCGAACGUCCCGCGCGUUUGUUCGAAACAUUUUACCGCGCUUCGUUCUCGGGACGACGGUUGGCUUGGUUACAUCACCUGUGUACGGGUGAACUGAGAACGAGAUAUACGCAGCGGUUGUAUCACAUCAACGCUACUACGCCGCAGUGCGCGCUCCUGCUAAUGUUCGAAACAACGGACACACUAAAAGCUCGCGAAGCACGCGAAGCCCUACAACUCAGCGACGAAGCGUGGACUCGACAUGUACGGCCUCUAAUCGAAGCUGGACUGAUAUCCUCGCGGAACGCGAGCGAAGCGAACACCGAAGCGAAUAGCGAAGCGAAUAGCGAAGCGAAUAGUGAAAUAAGUGAAACAGAGGAACUUGUGUUGAAUUUAACGUUCAGUUGUAAACGCACGAAGAUUAGAUUGACGUGUGCUGCCGCGCCGCCCGCACAAGGUGGCACAGGCACUGGCGCGAGUGGUUCGAGCGAGUCGACUCACUGUGACGACGACAGGAAAAUGUAUUUACAAGCGGCCGUAGUUCGCAUUAUGAAGCAGAGAAAGGUACUCCGCCACACGGAACUCAUACAGGAAGUCGUGUCUCAAGCCCGAGGGUCCUUCGCCCCUUCAGUCGCUAUGAUAAAGAAAUGUAUCGAAGCCCUAAUCGAUAAACAGUACUUGGAAAGGGCGCCUGGAAACCUGGAUACUUACUCUUACCUCGCGUAGAAGUUGAAUUGAGGAUGAGGAUGGGGAUGGGAUAGGAGGGUGGGAUCGGGGAUGGAAAGAUGCAAGGAUGAGGAUAGGAGGAUGCCUUGAGGAUGGGAUCGAGCCUCAAACCAUCCUCCUGGCUUGAGGAUGAGGAUAGCAGGAUGGGAUCGGGGAUGGAACGAUGCAAUCAGGAUGUAGGAUGAGGAUUGUUUAAUGAUGGUAGAGAGAUUGUUAAAGCCGAUUUUAGUUCUAACAAUGCAAUUGAUUAUGUAGAAAAGCGAAGGAAUUAAUUUAUUUUAAGAAACGUGUAAUAUAUGAUUUUAAAUUUAUAAAAUAUAUCGUCUAAUAAAUUAAAAAAGAUCGUGUGUCAAAAGUGAAACUUCUUGCGAGAUCAAAGAUACCAAAAUCGUCGCCUUACUCCAAGACGUGACGGUAUUACCAUUAUGCGACCUUGAAAUUUUACUCUCAAAUAAGUUUCACUCAAAAUUUAUUAUGACUUGUUUUUACUCGAAUAAGUUGAACUUUUAACUCCAAAUUGCUAUUAAAAUGAUUUUAAUACUAAUUAAAUAAAUAUUAUUGGAAAAGGAUUGAAAAAUAUUGAAGAUGGAGUGAUGUAUUCGAGGAUAGGAUGAUUGGUUUCAGGAUGGAGUUAGUGUUUUAGAGUAUAAGAAUUUUGUAACUUUUGUAAAAUACAAAAAAUUACCAUAAAUAUAGUUAAAUCACAA